UUCUCAGGAUGGCAAGGGAAAACGUCGAAGGGCGUAAGAAUACGACGGAGGUAUACGUCGCUAGCAGGUGCACAACGCAGGGAAAUCACAAAUACGGGAGGAAUGAUGCCAUAGCAUAUGGUGUUUUCCCGUUUCAAACAGCAGAAGACACGUCCGCCAGAAACUGUAACCUUGUGCUUUCCCUAUAAUAAUGUCACGAGCGCGUACCAUCUGCUGACCUUCCUUCUCCAGAGUGACUGCGGUCUCUGUGUAUAGAAGCCAUUCACUCUUACUACCAACAAAAUGUCAGGCACCUACACACCAGCCCCUGGUGGGCCAUUCUCUGCUCUCACCCCGAGCAUGUGGCCUCAGGACAUUUUGGCAAAGUACCAUCAAAAAGACUCCUCAGAACAGCCUGAACCACAAUAUGAUGAGUUUGGCUUCAGAAUGGACACUGAAGACGGUGUGGAGCCCAGGUCCUGGCUGGGCAGCGAAGGUUCGCCCCAGCGUGAAGACCCCCAGCAGCGAUUGCGUUGGCAAGCCCACCUGGAGUUCACCCACAACCACACAGUGGGUGACCUGACCUGGGAGCUCAUUGAUCCUGUCCUUCCACGCUCUGAGCGUCUGCGUUCACUGGUGCUAGGGGGCAUACCUCACAGCAUGAGGCCACAGCUUUGGAUGCGUCUGUCUGGAGCACUGCAGAAGAAGAGGACUUCUGAGAUCUCCUACAGAGAAAUCAUCAAGAACAGCUCCAAUGAGGACUCCACCACAGCGAAACAGAUAGAGAAGGACCUGUUACGGACGAUGCCAACCAAUGCUUGUUUCAGUAGUUUGACCAGUGUUGGAGUGCCAAGGCUGAGGCGGGUACUGAGAGGCCUAGCCUGGCUCUACCCAGACAUUGGGUACUGUCAGGGUACUGGCAUGGUGGUUUCCUGUCUGCUGCUCUUUCUUGAGGAGGAGGAUGUACUAUGGAUGAUGUGUGCCCUAAUCGAAGACCUCCUUCCUCCGUCCUACUUCUCCUCCACUCUGCUGGGCGUCCAAACAGACCAGAGGGUUCUCCGCCAGCUCAUUGUUCAGUACCUGCCAGCCCUCGACCGCCUUCUGCAGGAGCAUGACAUAGAGCUGUCGCUGAUCACACUCCAUUGGUUCCUGACAUCAUUUGCCAGUGUGGUGGACAUCCGUCUGCUCCUGAGGAUCUGGGAUCUCCUCUUCUACCAAGGAUCAUUGGUGCUCUUCCAGGUCACACUGGGCAUGCUCAAGAUCAAGGAGGAGGAGCUUGUAUCAUCAGAGAACUCUGCUUCCAUUUUUAAUACUCUGUCGGACUUGCCAAGCCAGCUGAGAGAUGGGCCUGCAGUUCUUGGGGAAGCUAUGAGGCUAGCAGGGACGCUGUCCCAGGAAAGUCUGGAGGCCCACCGACACAAGCACCUGGCUUAUAUCCUAAAUGAACAGGCACAGCUCAACAAUGGAAACAACACAACACUCAGCACAAAUCUCAACAAGGUGGUGAGGAGACAGUCCCUGCGCAGGAAGUCCACCUUGAGUUCCCUGCUGUUUGGGGAGGAUGAGGCAGAGGCUCUGAAGUCCAAGAACAUUAAGCAGACAGAGCUGGUGGCUGCCCUGCGAGAGGCCAUAGCCCGCACUGCAGAACACUUCCACUGUUUGGACCCAAGUCACUCCAGUACUGACCUGACUCCUGACUACUCCAUGGAGAGCCACCAGCGAGAUCAUGAAAAUUUCCUUGUUGUAUCCCGCAACCGACGGAGACGGGCAAAGGCUUUGCUGGACUUUGAGCGACACGAUGACGAUGAACUUGGCUUCCGAAAGAAUGACAUCAUCACUAUCAUCUCACAGAAGGAUGAACACUGCUGGGUAGGAGAACUUAAUGGCCUCAGAGGCUGGUUUCCAGCAAAGUUUGUGGAGAUCCUAGACGAAAGAAGCAAAGAGUACUCGUUAGCAGGUGAUGACGCUGUGACAGAGGCAGUGACAGACCUGGCCAGGGGCACACUGUGUCCAGCCCUAAAGGCCAUCUUUCAGCACGGUCUCAAGAAACCGUCUAUACUGGGAGGGCCCUGUCACCCUUGGUUAUUCAUAGAAGAGGCAGCCAGUAGAGAGGUGGAGAGGGACUUCAAUUCUGUCUACUCAAGGCUGGUGCUGUGUAAAACCUACAGGUUGGAUGAAGAUGGGAAAGUACUAACACCAGAGGAGCUGCUGUACAGAGCGGUGCAGUCAGUCAACAUGAGCCACGACUCGGCGCAUGCUCAGAUGGAUGUCAAGUUUAGGUCUCUUGUCUGCGUCGGCCUCAAUGAGCAGGUGCUGCACUUAUGGAUGGAGGUGUUGUGUUCCAGCAUGGCUGUUGUAGAGAAAUGGUAUCAUCCCUGGUCUUUCCUUCGUAGUCCUGGAUGGGUACAGAUCAAGUGUGAGCUCAGGGUGCUAUCAAAGUUUGCCUUCAGUCUCUCCCAGGAUUGCGAGCUACCUGACAAGAAAGAGGAAAAGGAGCAGAGACCAUUGAAAGAGGGAGUGCAGGACAUGUUGGUGAAACAUCACCUCUUCAGCUGGGACAUUGACGGCUAGACACACAACAAAAACACAGCUGAAUCCCACCCCGUCCUAUGCGUCUUGUGUAUAGUUGAUGUCUUUUCACUUGUUUCUUACAGACUGUCAAUCAUAUAUUAGACGCUACAGUUAGUGACUACUUCACAGACCCUAUCUGUCACAUCACCUUUUCAGCGUUACACAAUGGUGACAGCCUAAUGAUGAUGACUCUGCAACCCUUACGGCACCAUAAAGGUCAACUGGUUUGUAAGAGGUGAAGCGUGUGUGCAUAAAGGUGCAUACUUUUAUUUUUAUUCAGACCCACUAUAGGAGGUUUCACUUCUUAUUUAAAACUAUAUGAAGUUAUACAAGUAAAACACUCUUCUAGUACAGAAUAGUCUGUACACACUGGACUGGAACACUUGAGUAUUUGUUAAGUACUGACUACACUGGCUGUUCAGCUUUUUAUAGCUGAUUUUGUGCUUUGUGCAGGAGUGAGGCAUGUAGUGCAUUCUCUUUCACUGGUUGUGUGUCUAUGUUAAAUGCAGCAUCAAGUGAUCACUAACACUGGGCCUUUUAACAUGGUCCUAAAUUCCACAUUACGCUGUAAAUUCUCAAAAUUAAGACCAAAACGGAACAUUCUUAAACAUUGAGCUGUAGAGUUAUAACUUAUUUUUGAGAGGAAUGCUGCUUACCUCAUUAUCACGAAUUCCCAAAAAUAUUUCAUCAAAUACUAAUGUUGCACACGCCAAGAAAAGCCUUUUCAAAUUAUGAUACCAGACUAUGGGUGUGUGUGCUACCUUAUCAGUGGUAGUGUGUAGUCUGCACUUGUAUGACAUAGUGUAAAUGAAGCAGAUUAAUACUUUUUGUGUUACAAUCUACUUUAAAUGUUACAUAAAUAUAAAUAAUAUAUAUAUAUAGAGAAUUUGUAAUGUUUUUGUGUAUAAAGUAAACACAUCUGUCAUUUGUAACUACAUGUAUCCUUGCAAGCUAAAGCAACUCAACAUAGGACUAAACCAUUACCACCUUUCAGUUUCCAACUUUAAACUGCACAUACUUCAGCAAACUGGGAUUUCUGUUACUAAUUCAAACUGUGGACCAUGCUUGACAAUGCUAGACUGCAAGUGUGGCCUUUGAAAGGUUGAUGUUAAGAGAACUGAAUUAUUUUGUGAUAAAACGGCAAACUAAAGUUUAUGUUCACUUGUUGCAUUUUUAGCUGGUCAGUUUUGGGGUACUUACUGAAUACAGUAGGAACAAUGUUGUUGUAUUGGUUGUAAUUCUUGGCAAGCUAAUUGGAUCUUGCAGGUGUAAAGCUUGAAACUGUCAUGUCAUGUCAUUUUUUUUUACUUUUCAUUGUUUUCUGUAACUUUCCCAUGUGCAGAAAACACAAUUGGUUUAGUUUCUGGUUUUACAUGAUUGUAGCUAUUGUAGCCUGUGUGAAUCACAAUAUACUGAUCAGCACUCAAAAUACAGAAGAAUAUUCUGCUGUCUGGUGUUUACUCACAGAAAAUCCAGCCAACAGUUCCCACUGUGCUCCUGUAACAUUUAGACUACAAUAUUUCCUAGCCUUACUGUACAGACAAGGAGUGACAGUAUAUUUGAGAAAAAGAACAUGAGAAAUAUUGAAAAGCUACCCCUUCUGCUAAAAUAUUUUUUCACACCAACAGAUUUUUUUAAGAAGAAAACUCAACUCAGAAACUUGAGGUGAUGCACACGUGGAAAAAGAAGCACUGUUGAAAAGUUCAGUAAAGCCUGUUUAUUAAUGGUCAGUUUUUUAGCGGCAAAGUGUGUUUUUUUUGUUUGUGUUUUUAAAUGUCACAAUGUGUUAACAGCAACAGGCCUUAACGCAUGGGGUACCAGACAAGUUACAAGUAGCACUGCAAGUACUGCAUGUCUUUCAAAUCAUGAGCAACUGCUGGAGUGACAAGAUCAUGUGCUGUAUUUGUUUGUACUAUCACUAUUGGUAUAAGGUGUGUAGAUGGAGGACUGACAGUGGAAGCAUGACAGAUACUACUGAAUCUAAAAGCGCAGAUGAGAGUAGGUGGAAAGAUCCAAGACCAUCCAAAAGUCAACGUUCUGCAUGUAUGCCAAAUAAAUAACUGACAAUUAUAAAAUGUAA